AUGGAAGAACAUAGUAUACACAGUUUGUCUGAAGACCUACUUCUUCAGUGUCUUGCUCGUCUUUCCUACAAGGACAUACUUUUUGCAUCGCGAGUCUGUCGUAAAUGGCGUCGUCUUCUACAAACGCGUCAUUUUUACAGCCUCAGGAAACAACUGGGAUAUUCGAAUCAUCUCGCUUGCUUUUUUCAGUCUUCUCAUCCUCCUCCAACGAUGCACGGUUUUUAUAAAUACUGUGAGUACAAAUUUGUUAUCAAUGUGCUAGAUCCGAUGAGUCGGGAGUGGAACCAGCUUCCCCCAAUCCCUAAUUUCAUAAAUGAGUUUUCUGAGUCAACUCUGAUGGCUAGCUUGGAUGGAAAACUAUUUUUCGUUACCAAGUGCUCCGAGGAUAGUCAUUUGACAUCUUCCUUCUUCGCGUGGGACUUUGUGACUCAGCGAUGGUGGAAAGGCAAGGACUUGCCCUCAAUUUCUUCUUUCUUCUUUAUGGUGGGUUUUGAUAGUCAGAUAUUCAUUGGUGUUGCGAAAGGUAAUGGGUCUAUCUCGGUUUUGGCGUAUGAUGUGAGGAAGGACGAGUGGAACGAGUUGCCUCAGAUGAGUCAUAAGCUAAAUCGGUGCUAUAAGUUGCAGGUAAUUGGAGAGGAAUUAUGGGUUUUAAACGGUUGCAAGACAAAACUCAUACCCUUGUAUGAACAUAGUGCAGCGGUAUACCAUCUUCAAACUGGAAAUUGGAGACUAGUUGAAUGGGAUCCCGAUGACUCCUCGUGUCCUAUUUGCUGCACUGAGUUUAAAUUUCCAGAGUUGCUAGAGUUACUGAAGGAGUUGUUGUUAGAGUUAAACAUAAAUUACGUACUAAGUUUUUCUCGAUUCCAAUUGGGUGCACAAAGUUUAAUAAUGGUCACGGUCAAUGGAGGUUAUGCUCGUGAAACUUUGUUUUUUAUGGGGUCUCAAUAUGGUAAUUUUGAAAGAAUACUCCCCCUUAGAUCCGAGUUUCUUGCAUUUGUUGAAUCAAGUUGUUGUGUAGAGAUCUAA